UGUGGAAAAUAAUCCCAAUUCCCUGGAAAAUAGAGGACCUGGCAACAUUGGGCAGAAACCCCGAACGUCAUUACGUAAAGACGUUGUUGAGGAAGUGAACACGUGGGUCACGAGAGGCCACGCUUUUCAGGAAGGUUUGGGCCACAUCGUGUUUCUGCUCAGAGUGAUCCUGUCAUUGGCAGUUGUCUAUCAAAAUGGCAGUCAGAGCGUCCUUUGAGAAGAACAAUGAAAUCGGCUGCUUUGCAAAGCUCACCAACACAUACUGCUUAGUGGCAAUAGGUGGCUCAGAAAACUUCUACAGUGUCUUUGAAGGUGAACUUUCAGAAACGAUACCAGUGGUGCACGCGUCCAUAGCAGGAUGCCGGAUCAUCGGGAGGAUGUGUGUGGGAAACCGUCACGGACUUCUCGUGCCCAACAACACGACAGAUCAGGAGCUGCAGCACAUGAGGAACUGUUUGCCAGAUGCUGUGCGCAUUCAGAGAGUGGAGGAGCGGCUGUCUGCACUCGGAAAUGUCAUCGCUUGCAACGACUACGUGGCCCUAGUUCACCCCGACCUUGACAGGGAAACGGAAGAGAUUCUGGCUGACACUCUUAAAGUGGAGGUGUUCAGGCAGACGGUGGCUGAGCAGGUGCUUGUGGGUAGUUACUGUGUCUUCAGUAACCAGGGAGGCCUUGUGCACCCCAAAACGUCUAUUGAAGCCCAAGAUGAGCUCUCAUCACUCCUCCAAGUGCCUCUAGUUGCCGGUACUGUAAACCGUGGCAGUGAGGUGAUUGCCGCUGGCAUGGUGGUGAAUGACUGGUGUGCCUUCUGUGGUUUGGAUACAACGAGCACAGAGCUGUCGGUCAUUGAGAGUGUGUUCAAGCUGAGUGAGACUCAACCGAGCACCAUAGCCACCAGCAUGAGGGACUCGCUUAUUGACAGCCUCACAUAAAUUCUGCAUGGUUUUAAAAAGUUUUGGAGAUGGGUUGAAUACCAGCCCAGGAUGUGGACAUCACCAAGUGCAACAUUUGUGUCUCUUCCUGGGAAUCUCUAGAGAUGCCCAUGCACUCGCUCUUUGUAUUUUUUUUGUAUUGUAUGAACUGAUGUAAAUCUAAAUUUAAGUAAGUAAAAGAGCAUGGAUAAAUCCAGUUUCCAACAUUAAGUUUCACUGCUAAAUCUGCAGAACAAAAUGCAAGGGGAAAAAAGCUUACCUUGUAAAAUAUUCAUUGACUGAAGGGUUUUAAUGUCAAUUUGUGUCAGUAUAGUGCAGUAUCAUUAAAACUUAGGUCAACAGUCACGCUGACUGGAGAAUUUCUGCUGAAUUUCUGCUUCAUGUCAUUGCAAACUAAUAAAAUUUGAACAAAUGAAUGAAAAGGUAAUAUGUUAGCCAUCAAAUUGUUGUCAUGUGAUGAGCUAGAGCUGGCUGAUGUAACAAUAUAAUAUUGAUAUUCCUGAAAACAACUUAUCAUUCUCUCAUGAUCAUAUGAUAUAAAAUAUAUAUAAAAUAUAUAUUUUUA